CUGAGGCUUUUUACAAAUUAUUUAUUUAGUAGGCAUAUUAAAAACAUUUCUAAUUUCUUCAUAAUAAACGUUCCUGAUAGUUUUUAAAAGGUGUCAACGCAAGGUACAGUUUCAAUCAUGGCUGGAACUGAACAUUCAGGUCGCAUGUUGAUUACACAAGAAGACCUUGACCUCGUAGCAUCUACACUAGAUGUGAAAUACCAAGUUGAAGACAACUUAAGUGGUGGUCGUGCUCUGUACAGCUCCUCUAUAACCCUGACCAAUCAGUGUAAUGUCCAGCUGUCACACGCUAUAGAACACAAGGAGUGGUCCAUUUAUUUCUCACACUUGCGUAUGGUUGAACCUUCCUACUUGCCCGCAGACUCCAGCGUCAAUCUAGAAUACGCCGGCAUCAGUUUUUCUCACUUAAAUGGAUGUAUUUUCAAACUUAGUCCUCUUCGGAGUUUUAAAACUCUCGGUAAUGGUGACACUGUUUCGUUUAAAUUCAAUGCUCAGCAUUACUCGGCCUCCAGGACUGAUAUCCUACCUAACUGGUAUAUUCAUGUGGAGGGCUUGGAGCCAAGGAUCAUCAAAUGUACAGAGGGAGAGUCUCUCAGUUUUGUGGGGCCAUUCACCUCCCCAAAACAGUACAAGCGGUUUGACUAUGUGCUACCUUCGGGAAAACGUCGCUUUGAUAUAUACCAGCCGUUUACUCCAGAGCUUAGGUUUUCACGUUAUCCCGAAGUGAAGAAAGAAACAGAACACUUGAAGUUUGUAAUUCCAACACCGGCUUAUUUUAAGAAAGGUGAAGGCCGGGUUGAUGUUACUUGUGGAGACUGGAGUAUUGUAACAAUUGAUGAUGUUUUCAGUUGUGAGGCAGUAUUUCUAUCAGAGAAAAUGAAACUUCCUGUUACACAAGAAAGUGCUAAAUUGGUUGCUUCCCCUCGCCACUCAAUCAUCCUUAGGAAAAAUCAAGUAAAACCUGUGUUGGAGGGUGCUCCAGACCAUGAAGCGUAUGAAGUAGAGGUGGACCCAUCCAAUGAAUCUGUCCAGAUCUCAGCCAACACAUCAGCUGGUGUUUUCUACGGGAUUCAGUCCCUGCUCAGCCUGGCAUCUGAGAGUGGAAUAGUUCCUGCUUGCCACAUUCAAGACGUUCCCCGCUAUCCCUACAGGGGAAUGCAUGUUGAUGUGUCCAGGAACUUCCACACCAAGGAGGAGAUCCUGGCUCUCCUAGACACCAUGGCCAUGUACAAGCUCAACAAGUUCCACUUCCAUCUGACUGAUGACGAGGGCUGGAGACUGGAGAUACCAGGGCUAGAGGAGCUCACUCAGGUGGGGUCAAGGCGAGGUCAUGACCCUACAGAAAACUCCUGCUUGUUACCUCUGCUGGGGUCAGGACCCUUCCCUGAGGGUCUGGGAUGCGGGUUCUUUACUGUCGAAGAUUACAGAGACAUCCUGCGCUACGCCAACACUAGACACAUCGAGGUCAUACCUGAAAUUGACAUGCCAGGACAUAGCCAUGCUGCCAUCAGAGCCAUGAGGGUCAGAUAUGAUAAACUCAAGUCACAGAACAAUGAGAAAGAAGCUGAGAGGUAUUUGCUGACAGAUCCCAAUGAGACAAGCCACAGCUUCUCUGUGCAGAUGAUGGCAGAGAAUUCCAUGAAUCCUGGCUUGGAGUCUACUUUCACUUUUGUAGACAAGGUUAUUAGUGAACUGAAGGCAAUGCACCAAGACAUUCAGCCAUUGAGGGUCUUCCACAUGGGCGGGGACGAGGUGCCGUUUGAGGCCUGGGACGACUCGCCAGCAUGCCGCGCCCUGGUGGACACGAAAAAAGUUGCCGCCCUGGAGGAUCUAAUGGAGUAUUUUGUGACACGGGUUGGGAGGAUAGCGCACCAACAUGGCCUUGAACUUGGGGCCUGGCAAGAUGGAAUUGUUGUGAAAAGUGUGGGUCCAUACAGCCGCAGCAAGUUCCCAAACAACAACGUCUUGGUCCACUUUUGGAGGAACGUUUGGGAGUCAGGGCAAGCAUAUGAUGCACACAAACUGGCCAAUGAAGGCUAUGAGGUCAUUCUGGCGCCAGGCACUCACCUGUACUUUGACCACCCUUAUGAACCUGACCCUGAAGAGCGAGGCCUGUACUGGGCCUGCCGUUACCUUGACACCCACAAGGUGUUCCGGUUUGUUCCAGAAAAUCUCAUGUUUAACGCAGACGUCAAGUUGACUGGUGAGAAGAUCACUAAGCUGGACCUGCAGCUGCUCAGGGAGUCUGAAGAUUUUACUGAGCUCAAGAAGCCAAAAAACAUCACAGGUAUUCAAGGCCAAAUCUGGACAGAAUUAGUGAGAACAGCUGAUCAGUUUUAUGAGAUGAUAUUUCCACGCCUGAUUGCCCUUGCGGAGAGGGCGUGGCACAAAGCACCAUGGGAAGACGUCGACCCCAAGAAAAGAAAACCCAAAGAAGAAGAAGACUGGUCUGUCUUUGCCCACACGUUAGGCAACAAGGAGCUGAAGCGUUUAGAAGCUGCAAAUAUUUCCUAUCACAUCCCUCCACCUGGUGCAAGAGUAUCUGGGGACGGUCUGCUAGAACUGAGGAGUUGUUACCCUGGUCAGCCUAUGUCAUACUCAGUGGACAAGGGUCAGAUAUGGAAGCCGUACUUACAGAUGGUGGAUGUUGUUGCCUAUGAUGAGGUGCUAGCUAGAGUCAGCUCCCACAAUGGAUGUCACCACAGUCGAGUGAUUUCAAUCCCCAUUCAGGUGUACCCAGCCAGUGAUGAUCAGAAUAACUAACACCACAGGAUGUUUCAUCUGAUGUCACAUGAUGUUCCUUACCACCUGCCAUCAGAGGAUGUUUCAGUAUUCUAGCCAGGGUAACUAAUAUCACAGGGUGUUUCUAAGUGACAUCCUCAUGUGAUGUUGCAGAAAAACAUGUGUCGCAUUUUAAUUAAUGUAAUUGUCGUUAACAUUUACUAACUGCUGGCUAAGGGUAACAAUCAUCACACCAUGAUAAGAUGAUCCGACAAUCUAAUGAAUUCUUUGAGCUGUUGUUUUUCUUGUUUAGUCUUUCAGGUUUUCACAAAUUUUAAUAAGUAAGCAAUAGUACUUAGAUUUUCUUAAAUUUUUCAAUAUAUUUAUGACAUACUUGCUAUAGACUUAUUUGUUUGUU